CACACGUUAACGCCCUAUAGGAAGAAGACAUACGUACAGGAAUUCAUUGAAAGCUGUCUAUUGGGGACACAGAGCUUAAGAUGUCCGGGACGUAUGCAACCCUUCUGGGUCUCCUCGCUGUGCUUCUGGCACUUUCCUUGUCUCCAGAGGCAGACACUGCAGCUGUGCCCAACAGCACAGGCAGAGCUAAAGAUCCACAAGGUCCACUGAAGAAGAUCUUCAUGAAGGAGGCAGAUGCAUCAAACUUCUUCAGAAGACGCAGCAGACGGGCCUCAAAGUCUCAGGAUGAGAUUAACGCUGAGCAGAGGCAGAUUCUGGCUGCAGAUGAACGAAAGAGAGAGUUCCACGAGGAGAAGAGGAACGAGUUUGAGAGUUAUGCUGAAGAGGAGCAUGAUGAACAAGACGAGAAGACCAGAGAGAGCAGCGAGCAGUGGAGGGAGUUUCACUACGAUGGGAUGCAUCCUCCUCACCACCAGUCCACCUGAGACUGGAGGCCAGUGGAGGCCAGAGGUGACGCUGUAAAACAUCUUUAACCACAGCCAUAAAUGGAUGUUUUUUCACUGUUAAGGAGGGCUUGGGUUAAGAGGAUGUGCAAUGAUUUCAUGCUAUACCAGAUAAAGAAAACGGGAAUAAACUGUAUUUACUCAUACUGUAUUUACUGUAAUAUUUACAUGACAUAAGUUAAAUCUUCUAACAUACCGGUAAUUAUUUAAACAUUUAUAUCUGUAUUUUCACUGUAAGAAAUGUUUACAAACUAACCUGAUAAUAAUUCCCGCUUAAAGAAGCAACUCAUGCAAACAAGCCUUUCUUUUUAAUACGCAAUGAGUUUCUGCAACAAUAUAGGCUAUUUAAUAGGCUACGUGCAAAGUAAGGGGCUUUUAAUGGUUCAUAUUUUUUGCUUUCUGUUGAUUUUGUUUUUAGGGGGGGGAUAAAGGGAAGACAAAAAAAUAAACACUCAAGACCCAAGCACAAACUGUGUUAAGAUUUGUAUUUACAGUACGUAGAUGUCAAUAUUCACCACAACAUUUCUAGAUAAUUCAAGAUGGCAAAGCCCUUGAUAUUGGGCUUGUUCUGGUA